CUCUGUUUAGUGCAGGUGGGCUGGUACAACAGGUACAGGUACGGACAGUACAGCCCUAGGCCUUUCACUUUCAGCCUUUGAUCGCCGUCGCUGACUACAAUACCAACGGUCCAACAUCAUCUCUCCUCACAAUUUUAUUGUUGUCUGGUUGUCUUCGAUGCUAAAAACAAGCACCGGCACAGGGUCUCGCAGACUUGGUCACUUCCGGAUUUUCUGGUGCAGCAGCAGUGUACAACUCGGCCUGCAGUAGUGAGGCCAUUGGUGGGCCAGCAGCGCCAGGACGAGUAGUGAGCAGUUGUAGGGAACUGCAGCGGAGCGGGCGCCCAAUUUUAGCGACCAAGACAGAGGCAGACUCAGCGGACUCCCACUCCACUGACUAACACCACUAGGGACUGACUCUCCGAGACCCCAACUUGCAACUUUCUACGCAAACGUCAAGACGAACGGAACCUCUACUGGUAGGCCGUCCACUAAACCAAAAUUGUCGGAUUUUUAGUCUCUGAAUCACCUCAUCACCUCAUCUCCUUUUCUCUCUCUCCCUCUCUCUCACGCCGGCCUGCAAUCGUUCCGACGGGUGUCCAACGCCAUUCCUCGCCCUUCUCAUUCUGAGGCACUUCUCUCGUCUCGCACUCGGUCCCCUCCCUCACGUCCACCCUCAUCCUCGCCCUCACCAAGCUGGGAACUCCUCACUGAUGGGUCGGUCACUUGCACCAUGCUAAACACCCAGAAGCGCUGUUUCCGCCACCAGUACUAGACUCCGUAUAAGUACUCGUCCGUAUAGGUACUCGUCAGUAUAGGUACUCAUCCGUAUAGGUACUCGUACCUAGAAGCACAACUUGUAAAACCCACGUCGAGAGUUCCAAGGUCCCUCCUUUCAAGGCCUUCUCUCCUAGAGGAACGCAUUUCCUCUAGCUCUUCUAGAGGAACGCAUUUCCUCUCUCUCUCCUGGAUCACUACUCGUACAUCCCUCGCAGUCCUCGUGCCGUAGCAGUAGAAAUUCCGUAGAGGUAUCGCUACCACCACCGCACCGCCGCCCACCAACAACCCCGAAAAAACAACGCCAAAGGCAAACGGUCGAGCCAUAGGCUAGAGGCUAGAGAGUAGAGGCUCUAGGCCAGAACACCAGAACACCAGCACCAUCAGACCUCAGCAUGUACUCAUCCGUGCCUAGUCCGCCGUGGCACCCCGGCCCUUCACAAAUUCUUGAACGUCCUCCAGCUUCACCACCAUUGCCUUCCCCCACUUCACCCACCCGUUCGAGUCGACUGCGAGGUUUGAGUUACUUGCGGACAUACACGCAGAAUCACAUCCUCUCCCGCGACAGUCACCACCACCAUUCGAACAGUCAGCAGCGCCUCGAUUUAUCACGAAUUUCCAGCGAACCUUCCCCCACAACCUCUCCCAGGGCAUCAGUAACUCCCUCUGUAGCGAGAACUCCACUUCAAACCCCCUCCAACCCUCGACAGACUUCACCCACCGCCCAGCGAAUGACGGAUACUUUGGUCGCUGAUUCCCAUACACAGGAUAAUCUAAAUUCUACGAGUGGGUGGCUACCAACCGUGGGUGGGCAAAGUGGUGUCUCACGCACUGGAUCCCAGCCUCAGUCGACUGCAACUGGUUCUUCCUCUGCGGUUUUGUCAGGAAACGAUUCUUCUGCAGUAGCCUCCGAAUUAACAGCAUCCAUGACUCGAACACGCACCGCAGCUACGGCUGUCAGCACCACCGAUACAUCUGUAGAUGCGCCUAGGAAUGAGGCUUCGGCACAGAAUGGAACCCCAAAUUCAAAGGGCAUGUCUCAUCAACUACCCUCCAUACGCUUCACGGCCCAUCAUGAUCCAAGAGCGAUUCGACCAUCACUUACCUUCAACCCAAUGGCUCGCAUAUUACCUACAGGCUCAGAGACCAUCAAAGUUGGACGAUAUUCGGAGCGAGAUGCGGCUCCAACCCAGGCCCCAAACGUCCCAUCGUCAGCCCCUGUUGGUUUCAGGUCCAAGGUAGUUAGCCGAAGACAUUGUGAGUUCUGGUGUUCCGGUGGUCGUUGGUUUAUCAAGGAUGUAAAGAGUUCUUCAGGGACUUUUCUCAAUCAUAUCCGUCUCAGUCCCCCUGGUACCGAAUCGAAACCAUAUCCAGUCAAUGAUGGAGAUAUUGUGCAGCUGGGAAUCGAUUUCAAAGGAGGCGAGGAAAUGAUUUUCAGAUGUGUCAAAAUCAGGGUAGAACUGAAUAAAGGUUGGCAGACUGCUCCAAGUAGUUUCAAGUAAGUUUGUAGGUCUCUCCCCGUUUGUCAAGCUAACCCUGUCAUAGUGUACAAUCUCACAAACGACUAAGAGAACUGAAUAACUCUGGCAAAUCUUCAGGAAGCGGCACCUCACAGGACUGCUCGAUUUGUCUUGGUCCAAUCGCUGUAUGUCUACAAAUAAGCUCACUUUUGUAUUUUUCGUUCGCUGACCUUUCUCAUAGCCCUGUCAAUCGCUAUUUGUUGCCCCUUGUUCACAUACCUGGCAUUAUAAAUGCAUUCGAGUCAUUAUAAAUGGACCACAUUGGCCUCAUUUCGUUUGUCCUAAUUGUAGGAGUGUCGCUGACCUCGAGGCUGAACUUGAUGACCCGGAGACGAGUGGUGAAUGGGCCGCCGAAGUUGCCGAUGGAUCUGCAGAUCAACCAGAAGUGGAACCAGCUCAGGAUACUACGAAACCACGCAACGAAGCUCGCUCUACAGAAGCAACACACGCGGGUACGGAUGAACGUGGGAGUGGAGGUGGAUCACCGGACAUUCGAAAUCCCAACGGUCAGGACAUUGUAGCUCAAGAUGGUUCGGAUCCCAGCCAAUACGAGCUUGUUGUGGGACAACUAGAAGAGCUAAACAUUGAGGGUCCGGAGUCUCCAGAUACAGCAGAGCAAGUCUUACCAGCAUCGAAUGCUACGGUACCGCCAGUUGACAUUGUCAGCAGGGGAAAUCGAGUACCAGAUGCACCACGUCCUUCCGUAGACGACUCCGAGCAAAUCUCAUCCAAUGCCCGUACGACAACUCGCACCCCUAGUCCAGAUGGAACAUCAUCCUCUCUUGAUGUAAUCUUGACUACUACGGAGGGUCCGAUGACUCCAAGGAACGAUGUAGGACCAUUUAUUUUUGACGGAAGUGGUGGUCGAAUGGCUCCUAUCGACAGUGUCAAUCCCAACGAGACGGCAGAUACACCUGCUCCUCGAUUGGCACCUCAAACCGUACCAUAGUCUUCUUUACAUUCUCGGCAUUGUCAUCUUUAGCGCGGUGCGAAAUUGGGUCUGAUUGAUUAAUAAAACCGGCUGGACACCCAAAAGAAACCCUAUUGCCAGCAAAAUGUAAACUUAAUUUAAUAACCAGGAUUGAGCUGCGGUUUUAGCAUCGAAUGGUGAAAGAGGGCAUUUAUUUUUUUGCUUUGCUUGGGCAUAGAAUGACGUUUUUUUUUGUUUUUUUUUUCAUAUUUGAAUGAAAGGCGUUUAAGGGGGGGUUUUGGGGGUAAGGGUGUUGGCGAGAUAUCAUUGUUGCUGGAGUUUGUUCUCUUUUUUUCUUUUCUUUUUUCUUUUUGCAUCAUAUGGUGGGUGCUGGCUGGAUGGAUGGAUGGCUGGCUGGCUGGGGUGGCAUUACAGUAGGAUGGAUGAAGGAUUUGCAUACUAUACAAUACAAUACAAUACAAUAAUAUUCAUGGUUGGUGAAGAUUGG